AUGGGAAAUUGCAACCUUCGAAUGGACAACUAUGAUCCUACAGUUAGCUUAAAUCGACAAAAUUUUCAAUUCCAAUAUCCAAUAGGUAAAGGAGGCUUUGGUAAAGUCUGAAAAGUCAUUCAAAAAAAGUCAAAAUCCUCAUAUGCACUAAAAGAAAUGCUCAAAUCUCGAAUUAUUGCUAAAAGAUCUGUGAAUUCUGUUAUGAACGAGAGACGACUAUUGUCAAUUCUCAGGCAUCCAUUUAUAGUUAAUAUGCAGUAUGCAUUUCAAGAUCGUGAAAAUUUAUAUUUAGUGAUGGAUUUAAUGCCAGGUGGUGAUCUUCGUUACCAUCUAAGCAAAGUUCGUAAAUUUUCUGAAGAACAAACAAAAUUUUUUGUUGCAUGCUUAGUAAUUGCAUUCGAGUAUCUUCAUAAAAGCAACAUAAUUCACAGAGAUAUCAAGCCAGAAAAUAUCGUUUUGGAUGAAGCUGGAUAUGCACAUUUGACAGAUUUUGGGAUCGCCAGAGUUUUUCAGCCUGAAAACUCUAACGAAACCUCAGGAACUCCUGGAUAUAUGGCUCCAGAAGUAUUAUGCCGUCAAAAUCAUGGGUUUGCAGUUGAUUAUUUUGCUUUAGGUGUUCUUGCAUAUGAAUUUAUGACUGGAAAAAGACCCUAUUUAGGGAGGGAUAGAAAGGAAAUAAGGGAUGCAAUUUUGGCAAGGCAGGUUCAGCUAAAGCGGAGUGACAUCCCAGAAGGGUGGUCACUUGAAGCUAUUGAUUUUAUUAAUAAACUAAUACAAAGAAAACCUCAAAACAGACUAGGAUCGCUGGGUAUCGAAGAAGUUAAAGAGCAUGCAUGACUCAGAGAUGUACAAUGGGAUAAAUUGUUUGAUAAAAAUAUAAAAAUACCAUUCACACCUCCUGAUGCUGAUAAUUUCGAUAGCAGACAAGUUAUGAAUGGAUGAAAAGAUGAUAUUACUAAUAAUUCAAGAGAAAAUUCUAAUCAAAAUCUAUUUAACGGUUAUUUUUAUGACAUGAAUUUGCAUAGUGAAGGAAUCAAUCUUACAACUGAUUCUUCAAAGAUAAUUGACGAAACAGGAAAGUUGGCGUCUUUCCAGUGGCUCCUAUUCAGGCCAUCCUCAAAAACCCUUCCUGGCGAGAAAAUGGAAACUCAGAGCGACGACAGCGGUAGCAGGAGGCGAGAAACCCGUAGGAGACGUUGAAAGCUAUAGAUAUAUAGGAUUCUUCAAAGAUAGAGAAAAAAAUAAAAUUAUAG